UGACUAACCCGCAGUCACUUACAACAAGGAGGGAGUUCCUGCAAUUCAGACGUAACAUUUACGUUCUCGGUUUGUCCUCUUUGGAGCUGCAGAUUAGUAUCCCGAAGUAUAACGUUACUCCUGGAAUGAGCCUCAGUACCAUCUUUCUACUCCUACAUACAUACAGUCGCCAAGUUUAGUCUCAGUCGUUUUUUUCCUGACAGUUACAGAAGUCGUGACAGAAGAGUUUAUUUCAAUUUCGUUGGGAGACUUUCCUUUUUCCUCGAACAGAGAUGCCUGAGGAAGUUGGAACAGCCAAGCCAGGAGGAGUCAUUGCCUAUAUUUCCUCUGGCUCUGCCUCCAGCCCAGAGUCCUGUAUGACCACCACCCCCAGCAGUGGCUACCUGUCGACAUCACCAACUUUGCCCCGCCCCUCGCUGCCCAGCAGGGCCGUGGGCAUGGUGGUGGAUAUCUCUCCACCGGGCAAGAAUGGCCACCAGCGUGGCCACGGCACGGAGAAGGCCGGGCGCUCCUCCACAUCCACCAAGAGCAGCAUCACCAAAAUCAAUGGCAUGGUGCUGUUGUGCAAGGUUUGUGGUGAUGUGGCCUCAGGUUUCCACUAUGGCGUCCAUGCUUGCGAAGGCUGCAAGGGCUUCUUCAGAAGAAGCAUCCAGCAGAACAUCCAGUACAAGAAGUGUCUUAAGAUGGAGAACUGCACCAUCAUGAGGAUCAACAGGAAUCGCUGCCAGCAGUGUCGGUUCAAGAAGUGUCUGUCUGUCGGCAUGUCCAGAGAUGCUGUCCGAUUUGGCCGCAUCCCAAAGCGGGAAAAGCAGAGGAUGCUGCUGGAGAUGCAGAACGCCAUGAACAACAUGAUGAGCAACAACAGCCAGCUGCACGGCAUGCUGCACGGCCACCAGAGCUCGUCACUGCCCAUGGAGGCCAUGACCAACGAUGUCAGCUCUUCUGCCUCUUCAGCCUCCUCUUCUUCUGAUUCCCUGUCGUGCUCCAACCCUUCCUCCCCGCAGUGCCCCCAGGACUCAGAGUCUGUGGUUUCCAUGGACACCAACUCCAGCUCUGCUUCCUCCUGCGCAUCAGACAGCGGCGAGGACGAGGCCGUCGUUACAGUGAGCAGGCAACAUCAAGAUGCCUUUGCGUUUAGCCAGCAGAGGUCACCAAGACAGAGCCAGGCCUCUCCCUCGCCGGUCACUGGCGCCCUGGAGACGCCGUGCAACAGCCGCAUGGAGGAGCAACAGGAGAGCUGGAACUGCUGGAAUCGCAAUGUGGUUGUGAGAGGUUACCAGCACAAUUCUAACAGUCAGCACAUCACCAACACUGCUUACAGGGAGGAGGGGGGAGUUUACCAGCAGCAGCCUCAGCAGCAGCGGCCUAACAGCACUCCUAGCUGUGAACCAUCAGAAGACAGCCAAAGACAGCAUGAGUUUAACACACAAACUGCCUCAAGUGGUUAUAGUGGACCAACCAACUACAUGAAUAAUAGAGCACACUUGGUCUGUCCGAUGAACACAUCACCCUACGUGGAUCCCUGCAAGCCGAGCCAGGAGAUCUGGGAGGAGUUCUCCAUGAGCUUUACCCCCGCCGUGCGGGAGGUGGUCGACUUCGCCAAGAGGAUCCCAGGCUUCUGCGACCUCCCCGAGCGCGACCAAGUCAGCCUGCUCAAAGCUGGAACUUUUGAGGUGCUGAUGGUCCGAUUCGCGUCCCUGUUCAAUAUGGUGGAGCAGACGGUGACCUUCUUGAGCGGCAAGCGCUACAGCCUUGACACGCUACGGUCGCUGGGCGCCGGCGAGCUGCUCAACUCUAUGUGCGAGUUCAGCGAGAAGCUGGCAGCGCUGCAACUCGACUCGGAGGAAAUGAGCCUGUUCACAGCCGUGGUGCUCGUCUCAGCCGAUCGCUCAGGGAUCCAGGACCUAAACUCAGUUGAGGCCCUGCAGGACAAACUGAUCCGGGCACUGCGAAACCAGGUGAUACAGAACCACGGCGACGAGGCGUCCACCACCUUCACCAAGCUGCUGCUCAAGCUUCCCGAGCUGCGUUCACUCAACAACAUGCACUCAGAGGAACUGCUCUCCUUCAGAGUUCACCCUUAAAAGCUUCCUAGGUGGGGUACAUCUGUGCCCUCCAUGUUAUCCACACACCUCCACCAGGACCUGCCUCUUACUGCCCCCUCACCUUCUGUUCGACCAACCCACAAAGUUGUGUGUUCCUAGAAUGUAUUAAAAGUUAUUUUUUAUUAUAUUUUUGUUAAAAAGACCAUCUGGGGUCUGAAGAGAGAAGAAUAUAAAACUGUACUGUAUUUAUAGAAGAGAUAUCUUACGCUUCUUGCACAGAAACACACGCAAAUGCACGUGUGUUUGAGUUGCUUAGUUUUGCAAAAUUGGAGGCGCUUUUCUAUUUUCCAGAGAAAGAAAAGAACUGGCUUUAGGAAAUUAUAAGAGACUAUAAACCAAUUGGUCAAUUCAAAAGCCAUUUUAUUUCAAAGUGUAUUUUCUGAUAAGUGGGAGAAUGUGAGAGACAAUAUAUGCCUUACAUACUGCAUGUUUGUUUGGUUCAAUAUUGUGAGUAACACAUGGGAGCAAGAAAGGCAGGCUAUCAGAAAAUGUAUGGAAGUAUGUCUAAUGAUUGCUGCUAAUGCAUGGCUGUACUUAAUGCGAACAACUAUUUCUUGGAUCUUCUCCCCUUGCCUCAGAAAGCAUCAGUUCUUUGUUUCAGUGUGUAUAGUUUAUAUUUUCUUUUCUUUGUAUUUAAAUUUUUUAUGUGUUCAAGUCCAUGUGAACUGCCUGUACACUGCCUGGUGAUUUCUGGGGGAGUUGAUGACGCCAUUUUCAGCAACACUGUAUUUGCACAUGUUCUGGAGCAGAAAAACUAAUUAACACAAAACCCACAAAAAGGUGUGACACAGCAUCAAGUAGGCUACCGGUCACACGCAAGAGUUUUUGCUGUUCUCCAACUUUCCGGUUUUUAUGACACUUUUCUUUUUUGUCUUUUUUUUUAAUGAAACGUUGUGUGCUUUCAGCAUAGCACUGAUUCUGACACUUGUUUUUGUUAUUCAUUGUGUUGAAAUAUCUGUUUCUUUGACUGGCAACACUGCCAUAUGUUAAUAACUAUAUAUAUAUAUAUAU